CAACACAAAACACAUUCAUUUCUUCACAACUCAAAAAUGGUCAAGCCUUUCAACCUCAACAAACCCACAAUUUGCCUCCUAUUGCUAUCAAUCGCCCUUGAACUUGCCAGCUCAGCAAGAAUUCUCGAUGACUUGGACCCACAACGCCAAACAUUGACCACUCCCACAGCAACUACUUUGCCUAGUAGCCAGGUCCCAGCUGUGGCCACGACCAUCACUAGUGCUACUCCAGCAAAUUCUAGCCCAGAUGCCGUGGCAGCAUCGGUAGCCCCUCCUGUUCCGGUGACAGCCACUGCUACAGGUGCAGGAACCACCACCACUGGUGCCACAUCAGCGAAUCCUAGCCCACACAAGGCUCACUUGACCUUCUUCAUGCAUGACAUCCUAGGAGGGAUCCACCCAUCAGCCAAAGUAGUCACCGGGAUCAUAGCCAGAUCAGUAGAAGAGGGUGGGGUUGAAUAUGAGUUUAGAGAGACAAUGUAUGUAAACUUAACAAUAAAAAUUCUAAUAUUUUAUAAAUCAAGGGGACCGACCCACGGCAGGAAGAGUGGGGUCAACUGA